AUGCACGCUUGGGCGCUCACGCCGGUUCUGGCCUUGGCGGCAUCCAUGCUGGCAACGCCGACCAAUGAAUGGUACAACUGCCCGUGGUUCUCGACGGUCGGCAACGAGACGAUGCCCGAGUUCACCUACCAGAACACAUCGGCGCAAAGCAUGUACCUCGAUGUGCCUCUCUGCUACGACAACGUCUGUAGCACAAAGGACAAGACGCUCAGCGUCUUCGUGAAGCGGUAUCCCGCUGCGGAGCCAUCGACGCCGCCCAAGUCUGUAAAGUACCUCCAAGGCGGCCCUGGGUAUGCGUCCAACAGCCGUACGUCGACGACUGCCGGCUUCAUGAGUCUGUACACGAUGGACCAUCGUGGCACGCGGCGCAGCACUCGCCUGGAGGCACUUUGCCCCAACCAAACAUAUACAACCAAUACGGCUUGGUUCACGGGCUGCAUUGGCCGCAUCAAGGACACCUAUGGCCCAGACGCACCCAAGGGCUUUUCGCAGCUCGCCAAGGACGAUGUAUACGUCUACGGCGCUAGCUACGGCACGUACUUGGGCUAUAUCCUCGACGGCGUCAUGAGCGAGAGCCCUGUCUCAUAUUUCCCCCACCGGGACCGUAACGCAGCCGACGUGGAAACGACGUGCUAUUGCAUUUGCGACCGCGAUCCGGCGUGCAGCUACAAGCUCAACCGCAAUGUCAAGCAGUUUACGCUCAAUGUGUUCAAGAAGCUCGAUGCCAACGACACGGUGUGUGCCCAAACGAUCUUUGCCGCGCAGGGCACGCCUUCGACCUUCCUCGGCGCCGUCUUCACCAAGUACAUAUAA